AUGGUUGGGCAAGCGUUGACCUCCGUUGCUAUCAUUGGUGGUGGCCCUGGAGGAUUAGGGACUGCCAUUGCCCUUUGCCAGCUACCAUUCCUCCGGGUGACUCUUUACGAGAAAACCCCAGAACCAAGAGAGGCUGGUGCUGGUAUUAGUCUGAGCACAAAUGCAUGGAAAGUUCUGGAUCUGCUAGGGGCGAGUGAUGGAGUGAAAGGAGGCUCAAAGUCAAACACACACCAGAGUAUUAUCAAGCAUCCAGAAAAUUCCGAUGCGCAAUCUCGCGGAGCAAUUCGCGCUCGCCGGACCCGGCUACAGUCAGCGCUUUUGGCCAAGGUACCCGAGGGUAUCAUUCAGUAUAGCAAAAAGCUUCUUUUUAUGGAAGAUUUGACGAUUAAUGGUACUCGGUUGGUGUUUGAGGAUCAAACCGAGGCAAUCGCAGACAUUGUAGUCGGGGCAGACGGGCUCCAUUCCAUUAUUCGAAAGACAUUAUUCGCAGACCAUGAGCUUCAUUUCACUGGUAAUAGUGCCUUUCGCGUCCUGGUUUCUAAAUCAAGCCUGGCCCAUAUUCCAGAAAUCACAUCGACAACGUCGUGGUGGUGGGGCAAAGAUGGCCAUGUGUAUCUCUCAGAUGUGGACGAAGAGGGAGAUACUGAUGAUCCACUGUUUGAGAUUACUGUGAGAUCUUAUUGCGAGCCCCAUAGCCCAGGCAAAACUGUGUUUUGGGGUAUUCCAGCCACGAAUGAAAAAGUGGGAUCUCGUGAAUACGACCAGAGAUUGAGAGAUGCCGUUAGUGCAGUUCCGGAAGGUGAAUGGAAAGAAUUCGCCACAUUUGCAGGUCCGCGCUUAGAGAGGCUUACGGGCUGGAAGAAGGUUGCACUUAUUGGAGAUGCCAGUCAUCCUCUAUCGGGUGCAUUUGGUUCUGGCGCAACCUUUGCCAUGGAAGAUGGCUGGAUUCUUGCCCGAGCACUUGAGCUGACGCAGAAUGCUGUAUAUCCGGUAGAAGAAGCCCUCGAGAUAUUCGACCAUAUUCGGUCCCCUUACUACUCUAAGAUGUGA